GGAGGGGGAGAUGACUGUCACGUUGAAGGAGGAAGAAGAGGAGGUUGGAGAUCUGUUUCACACCAGAGCGAUACUUAACUAUUGUGGAUCCUCUGGGGAGCCUCAACAACCUCAUGAUGCUGAAGAGGCAGAGAAGAGUCUCUCCGGAUCAGAACAACUUAAUAAACACCUGCAGAGAUCCACAGGGAAGAGAACUCACUGCUGCUCUGACUGUGGGAAGAGAUUCACCUCAUCAGGCAUUAAAAUUCAUCAGAGAACACACACAGGAGAGAAAUCUUAUAGCUGUGGUCAAUGUGGGAAGAGUUUUGGUCAAUCUGGCCAUCUGACACAACACCAGAGAACACACACAGGAGAGAAACCUUACAGCUGUGGUCAAUGUGGGAAGAGUUUUGGUCAAUCUUGCCAUCUGACUCAACACCAGAGAACACACACAGGAGAGAAACCUUACAGCUGUGGUCAAUGUGGGAAGAGUUUUACAACAUCUCGCUCUCUGACUCUACACAAGAGAACACACACAGGAGAGAAACCUUAUAGCUGUGGUCAAUGUGGGAAGAGUUUUUGUCGAUCUGGAGAGCUGACAGUGCACCAGAGAACACACACAGGAGAGAAACCUUAUAGCUGUGGUCAAUGUGGGAAGAGUUUUGGUCGAUCUGGAGAGCUGACAGUGCACCAGAGAACACACACAGGAGAGAAAUCUUAUAGCUGUGGUCAAUGCGGGAAGAGUUUUGGUCAAUCUAGCCAUCUGACUCUACACCAGAGAACACACACAGGAGAGAAACCUUACAGCUGUGGCCAAUGUGGGAAGACUUUUGGUCAAUCUAGCCAUCUGACUCUACACCAGAGAACACACACAGGAGAGAAACCUUAUAGCUGUGGCCAAUGUGGCAAGAGUUUUGGUAGAUCUGGCCAGCUGACAUCACACCAGAGAACACACACAGGAGAGAAACCUUAUAGCUGUGAUCAGUGUGACAAGAGAUACUCUGAUAAAAGAUCUCUGAUCAAACAUCAGACAAUGCAUACAUGAAGGAGUUAUUUCGUGAUAACAAUGAAUGUUUUGAUGUUGUUGGAGUAUUUCAAGGAAUUUAGAAUGUAGAACCCUAAACGUUUGCCCCAUUCAAUUGAUUUCAGUGUGAUAUGGAUAUUAGCCUUGGGAAAAAAAUCCAGGCUCUGAAUUGAAAGAGUACUAUUUAUGUGAUUUAACAAAAAGUGACUAACACAAAAAGAGUUGUGUUACACUUACCGUGUUGGUGACCCACUUGAAUCAAAAUGCAACACUUCAAAAUGUAGCUAGCUGUUUUCUACAAGUUGUCCUCUAAACAGUGAUGUACACAUUAUUCCCAGAUUCCGUGUGGUUUUUGAGCUGUUAGUUUUAACAUCCUCUCUGCACAAUUGAUUUUGACAUGAUAUCGAUGAAUGAUGACAAAUAAGUGUUGCAUUCCUUUGUUUAGCGACCUCUAAAUUUAAAUGCAUUACUCCAAAAUGUAGCUGACUCUUCUGCAGGUUGUCCUCUAACCAGUGAGGUAAAAGAUAUCUCCCAUUUCCAGGUGUUUUGUUUAGUUGUGUUUGCUUCAACAUCAUGUACAUCCUGAUUUCCCCCCAAAUCGAUAUCAGUGAUUUAUACAUAUUACUUUAUGUUCUAUAUUAUGCAUACGAUACAUAUUAACAAAGGGGUGUACAUUUGGGUUUGAUAUUUAAGAUUUACAAUUCAUGUAACAUUUAGUAAUCAUAAUUAUUUAUGUAAUCAACUGACAAUUUUCGGGUAUAAUUAUAUUGACGUUGUUGCCCUUCUUUUAGAAUAUCAGGAUUCAUUCUCUUUUAGAAUAUCAGGGUUCAGUACAUUUGGGGACUGGGCCCCGAUCCUUCUGAAGAUCACUUUAGCACUGUCCUAAAACCCGAUUCAAAUAGGUAUGUAAUGACACAUUAUAUAAACUCUUUAUAGUGUUUUAUUUACAUUUUAGCGGUGAAUAGUUGGACAGAUCGAGUGAAAAAAAGCUAUCUCUCCUUACUAUCACGCAUUAGUUUCGCUUACCCACCCGCUAUUAAAAAAAAAAAAAAAGACCCGACAGGGCUCGUUGCCUUCUUCAAUCAUACAGAAACGGGCAGCGUUUAGGUUCAUGUAAUUUAUUUUCUUGAAAAGGGGAAAAAGUGUGCUUUACAAUGGUAUUGACAUGACAAUUGAUCUGGAAGUAUUACGUUUUUGGGGCGCUAAAAUUAGGUCAAUUGUACGGACCACGGCGAUGUUCAAAAGUGAGUGAGUUUACGCUAGUGAGUUUUAGGAAGACGAGAGUUCUAGAAACAAAAAAUUACAACAACAAAAAAUAUUUAGAAUUACAUAAUUUAUUUUUUUGUCUACCAGGUUUUACAGGUUUUAGUUUUUCCAUUCCAUGUUUUGAGGAUGGACUUCAGCCGGUCCAGCUCGUUAGCACAUAGGACGCAGUGAUUGGUGUCACCUCGUUAGUAUGUGUUACACCUGUGCUGGCUUGUCCAUCUCGUUAGUGGGAAAGUGUUUCACCUGAGCUGGUCCAGGUUCUAUUUAAGAGUGUCUGGCCCAGUGCUCCAUUUGUCUUGAUAGAUGUGGAGAGUCAACACCUUUAGUUGCUCCACCAUUUUGAUUAAAAUAUGUUUUCAUUCCAAGUUGAAGCUUCUUUCUGAAGAGAGCUUAUUUUUUAAAAUGAAUCAAUACAAGCAAACAAGAUCGGUUCCGGGGAUUGGUAUGGCAAAUACCUUACGAUUUGCCUGGACUGAAAAUGAGAUGGAGCCGUGGAGUAGAGAGACAUUUGGAAGGACUAUUUUGAUGGGAUGCCUCAGGAUAGAGGUGAAGGAAGUGCUCUGCCUUCAAGGGAACCCGAAUGAGAAGGCUUUCGAUGUGACGUUUCACAAGGAAGAAAAACACGACGAAGUAAUGAAGAUGGCAAAGGAAGCGGAGAAAACGGGACCCCUGUGCCAUUAUGCGGUGACCAGCCUGGCGAAGAACAACUUCAGGGUGGUCACCGUAACCAUGUACAAUCCGCACGUGAAAGAUGAAGAGGUGAGGGCCUUUCUGGGGAGGUACAUGGACAAUGUCUCCUCAGCGAGGUACCUCAGGGACUCCCUGGGUUUCUGGAACGGGAGAAGAGGUUUCCAGGCGUUACUCAGGGAGUCCCCGAAGAGUAUGGAUGGCUACCUCCAUCCUCCGGCGAUGUUCUCCCUGGGGGCUGACAGGGGAACACUCUACUAUGCCCGUCAGCCCCCGUUCUGCAGGCGUUGUAUGGCCUACGGCCAUAUCCUGGCCUCGUGCAGUGCCAAGAGGUGUCGAUUUUGUGGGUCGGAAGAGCACGAGGCCAAGGAAUGUGACGAGCCCAAGGCUUGCCACGGGUGUGGCUCAAGAGCACACCUGUGGCGUGAUUGCCCGGCUCGUCACAGGUCAUACGCGUCUGCAGCUGGGGGGGGAGCGGGGGAUGGGGGGAGGAAAGAAAGGACGCGUGCGGAUUGCAUGGAUGGCACAGGGGAAAAGACGGCGCAGGAAGAAGAUGGGAAGAAGGAUGAGGUGGGAAGAAAGAGGCGAGGAGAAGAAAAGAAUGGAACAGAAGGAGAGAAGAAAAAGGGGACGGAAGAAG